AUGUUGUUAUCAAAAGCAAUCGUAUAUAGGAAACAUAACUUUUCAAGAAUGAAUUUUCUACUGAACUGCAUAAAAAGACUUAAAAGUUCACAACAAUGGUUGAGUCGUCAGAAAGCUGAUCCAUAUGUAGAAAAAGCAAAGAUGUGUAAUUACAGAUGUCGUAGUGCUUUUAAACUAAUUGAAAUGAAUGAAAAGGCAAAUAUACUGCAUCCUGGUCAAAGCGUGAUAGACCUCGGAGCUUCACCCGGUUCAUGGACACAAGUGGCAGUUCAGAAAACAAAUGCUGACGGCGCUGAUUCCUCAAAACCGAAAGGGACAGUUCUAGCUAUAGAUAAACUACAAAUAUUCCCAAUCGAGGGAGCUACAAUAAUGAGUAACAUGGAUUUCUCAACUAUUGAAGCUCAUGACAAAGUUUUAAAAGCUCUUAAUGGGAAGAAAGUGGAUUUGGUUCUAUCAGAUAUGGCACCAAGUGCAACAGGAGUCAGAGAACUGGACAAAGACCGCAUAAUAGGUUUAUGUUACAUGGCAAUAAGAUUUGCGGCAUUAGUUACAAGAAUUGAUGGUAACUUGCUAUUCAAAGUAUGGGACGGUAAAGAAGUGCCCAUACUAGAAAUGGAUUUAGAGAGAUUCUAUAAACAUAUAAAAAUUAUGAAACCCAAUGCGAGUAGGUCAGACUCAUCAGAAAAAUUUAUACUCGCCAGAGGUUUUAAGGGAAUACAAAAACCUAUAGAAAAUAGCUGCUAUAAUUCUUGA